UUCGUUGCAUUCAUGUAUGGUGAGGAACGAACGACAACUCUGCAAGGAGAAUGGUGUAAUCUAUGUCUCUAACUAUAAGGAGAGUCCAUAAACAUUAUUUGAAAUUAUCACACACCGUUUUUACGUGCGACCAUCUUGUCCUUAAACAAAAACAAUAACAACGAACAACUUCAUAGAUCUAGUCUGCAAACUUUUGCCAAGUUGGUGUUUGCUUAUUAAAAUGUCAUCAGUUAUAGCAAAUCUAUUUCUCUGCAUCGUAGGAUUUGUUAAUGUUUUAAAUGCCUCCACUGUUUAUAAAGUUGUUCCAACACGAAAUGAAGCUGGAAGGUUCAAUGGCAUCGGUGGGCUGAGCGGAGGUGGGAAAGACGCUUAUGUAGUUAAAACAGAUAAUCUCGAGAGAAAAUUUUUAGGAAUUGGCGGCCUUAGUGCUGGAGCAACAUCCAAACUGUUGAUGAAUUAUCCAGAGGAACAAAGAAAUCAAAUUCUCGAUUAUCUUUUUAAGCCAGGGUUUGGAGCAUCCCUUCAGAUGUUAAAGGUGGAGAUAGGAGGAGAUGCACAAAGCACAGAUGGUACAGAAGCAUCUCACAUGCACUACCCCUGGGACGAGAAUUAUCAGAGAGGCUAUGAGUGGUGGCUCAUGGUAGAGGCAAAGAAGAGAAAUAGUGACAUCUUGCUUUAUUGUCUCCCCUGGGCAUUCCCAGCCUGGGUUGGGGCCGGAAAGAGGGACCCCUACAAUGACCCUGAACUGACGGCCUCCUACGUUGUUAAGUUUAUCCAGGGGGCCAGAAAAUACUACAAUCUCACCAUGGACUAUGUAGGGAUAUGGAAUGAGCGGCCAUACAGUUCAAAAUAUAUAAAGACGCUGAGUCAAAUGUUGGAUGAGGCUGGUCUGGACCGGGCCCCAAAGAUCGUGGCAUCAGACGAUGGCUGGGAACCAAUAGCGUCAGACAUCCUGGCAGACGAGGAACUCGCAAAGGCUGUUGACAUUAUUGGAGUGCACUACCCUGGAACUACAACCACUCAAAAGGCCAUCGACACAGGCAAGCCCCUGUGGUCCUCGGAAGACUACAGUUCCUUCAAUGAUAACGUGGGGGCUGGCUGCUGGGCGAGGAUACUGAACCAGAACUAUGUCAACGGCUACAUGACAAGCACAAUAUCCUGGAACCUCAUAGCCAGCUAUUAUGAGGACCUUCCAUAUGCUCGGGAUGGACUUAUGACAGCAGACAGUCCAUGGAGUGGCUACUAUAGAGUGGAUGCACCCAUAUGGAUCACAGCCCAUACAACCCAGUUUGCGUGGCCAGGAUGGUACUACGCACCCCAGGGGUUGGGAUCGUCACUUCUAAAGGACGGAGGCAGCAUGGUGUCACUGGUCAGCUGGGACAGUUUCCAGUUAACUAUCGUCAUAGAAACCAUGAGUCGCAACCAUUCCGUGUGUAUCCGCCCAUACCUGCCAGAGUAUGAUGUCAGGCCCCAAAACAUCUCCAUUCAGCUGCAAGGACACUUUGCACAAUUGACGAGCAUGUUUGUUCACUACAGCAAACUUGGUUUUGAUGGCGAGGACUCCAUACUGUUCAAAGACAUGGGAACCAUACCAGUUGUAAAUGGAACAAUCCAUCUAAGUCUGGGUGUAGAUGAGAUGUACACGUUGAAUACCAUCGGGGGUGGCCGUAAGGGCAAUAGCAGCAAUAUUCCACCGCAAAAACCCUUCCCACUGCCAUACAUGGAUGACUUUGAAUCGUAUCAAGAGUUCAUGGAGCCAUUUAACCUUGCCCAGCAAGUUGGAGCCUUUGAGAUCAUAAAAACAACCAGUUCUCAUGGUAACGUUGCACGCCAGAUGGUUUUGGAAGCGCCCAUAUUUUGGUGCGAGAAAGAAACGAGUCCUUUUAACAUCAUCGGAAACACAAGCUGGUCUAACAUAUACGUAGAACUAGACGUCUACAUUGGUACAGUUAAUGCUACGUCAGGAGCCUAUGUAGCGGCCAGAGUCAACAAGGGCGGUUGUGAGUCGUUUUCUGCCGAGGGCGUUUUCUUCUUCAUCUUUCCUGGACAGGGAAUCGUUGUCACUGGAGACCUAGCCAGAACCAAUGAAUUAUACAAGCAGGAUAUGAACAUUUCCACCAACACCUGGUACAAGAUGGAGCUACUGGUUAAGGAUGGUCAAGUGAUUUGUUUACUGAAUAGUAAACUUGUGGUCAGAAUCGGUGCACCGGUCAGUCCCGCUCCGCAAAACGGCGUUGUUGCCUUGGGAACAGCAGACUUCGGUCUUGCAGACUUUGACAACCUCAAGAUUGCUGACAGUACAGAAAGAAGUCAAGUGGUGAAGGGAAGAUUUACUGCUGAUGAGGUCUUUUACGAUGAGAAGUUUAAAGAUGUAAAAGACAAGCUUGAAGAUACCCUGUACUUUAAGUCUCAGAGAUUUAAUACUGUAAAAUAAUUAUUGUUGUUGGGAAAAUAUGUUAAAAAAAAUUAUUUCAUGGAUUGACCAAUUCACAAAUCAAAAAUAAGCACUUCAAAAAAUGACCAACUCAAGUUAUUUAUGCUGCAAAAAAUUAUAACAUUCAUUGUAAGCAUACUUACCAUAAUUAUUUAAGACAUUCCAAUUUUGUGCAAUUUUAUUAGCGAGGCUGUUUUCGGAGAAAACCCGAGCUAUUGUCAUAGCCGGCUCGCCGUCCGUCGUCUGCCGUCCGCUGUAGGCGUCGUGCUAAAACUUUAACAUUGCCCAUAACUUUUUAAAUAUUGAAGAUAGAACCUUGAUAUUUGUCAUGCAUGUGUAUCUUAUGGAGCUGCAGAUUUUGAGUGGUAAAAUUUCAAGGUGAACAUCAUCCUUCAAGGUCUAGGGUCGAAAGAACAAAGUCAAGGGAAGUAAUAAGCUUUAAAUGGACAUAGUUAUCUGACCUGCCCACGUAUAUAUUUUUGUUAAAUAAAUCAAAGCGGCGCAGUAGGCAGCAUUGUGUUUCUGACAAACAUUUUGUGGUAAAAGGUCAAGGUCAUCCUUUACGGUCUACGGUAAAAAAUACAAAUUUAAGAG